CAAAAACAAAAUAAAAAACAUUGUGUUCAAGGAAAGAAGGCAUGGUCGUUUCCUUCCAAGUGUUUAGUCUGUUGGGAAAGAUGGGCAUGCUUCCAAAUAUCUGUGAUACCAGACAGUUUAACUGGAAUCGUAGGAAAGUGGUGUGCUGCUGAGGGACAAAGAUGAAGGAAGGUUUGUUCAAGCUUCAGAAUUGAGAAGAGUGUUUCGGUGGGUGCAACAUUUCAGCUGGGACUUAAAAAGGGAAGGAAGUUUCCCGAAGGAAAGGACGCCUGCUAGAGCAAGGGACUAGCACAGAGGACCUACAGAGAACACUGACUUGAUUCCACCUUACGAUGGAACGUAAAAAGUCACCUGACGGUGGAUGGGGCUGGGUGAUUGUGUUUGUCUCCUUCUUCACCCAAUUUUUGUGUUACGGCUCCCCGCUAGCGGUUGGAGUCUUAUACAUAGAGUGGCUGGAUGUCUUUGGUGAAGGGAAGGGAAAAACAGCCUGGGUCGGGUCGCUGGCAAGUGGAGUUGGUUUGCUUGCAAGCACAGCUACUGUGAGCCACAGCCAAUUUCCACUAUGGCAAAAUAGAUGUUUGCAGAACAGAAGAAUGGCAUGGGCAUAUUUUGCCCUCAAGUAUACAUGCACAGUACAUGGAUCAUUAUGUCCCAUCUGCAGUCUCUGUGUCUCGUCUUUUGGAGCAAGAUCUGUCACAAUCUUCAGUGGCUUCAUGGUAGCUGGAGGCCUGAUGUUGAGCAGUUUUGCCCCCAAUAUCUACUUUCUGUUUUUGUCUUAUGGUAUUAUUGUAGGUCUUGGAUGUGGAUUGCUAUACACUGCAACAGUGACCAUUACAUGCCAGUAUUUUGACAGCCGCCGAGGCCUUGCACUUGGCCUGAUUUCAACAGGUUCAAGUGUUGGCCUUUUUAUCUAUGCUGCUCUCCAGAGGAUGCUGAUUGACUUCUAUGGACUGGAUGGAUGCCUGCUGAUAGUCGGUGCUUUAGCUUUAAAUAUAUUAGCCUGUGGCAGCUUGAUGAGACCCCUACAGGUCUCUGAUUGUCCUUUGCCUGAAAAAACAGCUCCAGAAAAUGUGCCAGACAGAUACUCCAUUUACAAUGAAAGAGUAAAGAGCCAGGAAGAAAACAUAAACAUUCUGGAGAAGAGCUACAGUAAUGAGGCAAAAUGCAAAGGUGCUUCUGCCAACCGUGACUGGAAACAGGAGAAUCUUCUGCAUAAAAGCCCCACAACAGUGGCACAUGCAAAGGAACCUGAAACUUACAAACAGAAAGUUGCAGAACAAACAUAUUUUUGCAAACAACUUGCCAAGAGGAAGUGGCAGUUGUAUAAAAACUACUGCAGCGAAACUGUUUCUCUGUUUAAAAACAAAGUAUUCUCAGCACUUUUCAUCGCUAUCUUACUUUUUGACAUUGGGGGGUUUCCACCUUCAUUACUUAUGGAAGAUGUAGCAAGAAGUUCCAAUGUAAAAGAAGAGGAGUCUAUUAUGCCUCUUAUUUCCAUUAUAGGCAUUAUGACAGCAGUUGGUAAACUUCUUUUAGGGAUAUUGGCUGACUUCAAGUGGAUUAAUACCUUAUAUCUUUAUGUAGCUACCUUAAUAAUAAUGGGCUUGGCCUUGUGUGCAAUUCCGUUUGCAAAAAGUUAUGUCACAUUGGCAAUACUUUCUGCGAUUCUAGGGUUUCUUACUGGUAAUUGGUCCAUCUUCCCAUAUGUGACUACCAAGACUGUGGGAAUUGAAAAGUUAGCUCAUGCCUAUGGAAUAUUAAUGUUUUUUGCUGGACUCGGAAAUAGCCUUGGACCACCAAUUAUUGGUUGGUUUUACGACUGGACCCAGACCUACGACAUUGCAUUUUAUUUUAGUGGCCUGUGCGUCCUGCUGGGAGGUUUUAUUCUGCUGCUGGCAGCCUUGGCCCCCUGGGAUACGUGUAAAAAACAACUCCCUAAACGAACACCAACAACUUUUUUGUACAAAGUUGCCUCUAAUGUUUAGAGGACUAUUGGAAGACACUAUUUUUUGCCACUUUAUACCAUAUAGCAAAGAAUAUUUUAACAAUUUUCAACCAAACUCUAGAGUCAAGACUGUUUUCUCAUCACAGGUUUUGACUGUGGCUGACUCUGAAUGCAUUUUUAAAAUUUUUAUAUAUGCUACUCUUUAUGUAUUCUGUGUGUAGCCUUUAU